AUGUGGCUGCGUUGCUCCGGCGACCGGUGCUCUUCUCCCGCCAGGAGGUGGAGUUGUUUUAUAAUUCCGCCCUCCAAGUGGAUCGUGCUCCUUCUGCUGCUGGCCCUGGCUGGAUCGGCUAAGGGAGAGGACCCCUACGUCUACUACGAGUGGGAGGUUUCCUACGUUUCUGCCUCACCUCUAGGUGUCAAGCAGCAGGUUCCCCUGGUCCCUCGGCUUCUUCGAAUUGUCCUAUCUUUUCAUGAUUUGCAUGCGUUACUCCUGCUUUCUUCUCUGCGUCUAGUGGAGCAAAUUAUAUACUGUGUAACGUCGUACCUCUCCGCAUUCCUUUGGUUCUUCUAAUUAUUGCUCUUUUUUGUUCCCAUUUGAGGGAUAUACCUUUUGUUCGUCCGCGUUAGCAUGAAGUCUGGUGCCUGAGACCAGAAGAAGAUACAUCUGUGGCUACUAUUUUUUUUUUACUUCUUGCACUAGUCUUGCUUCCCUCGUCAACCAAACGACGUGACUUCCUUGGUUUCAUUAUAUUUCCUGUUUAUCGGGAGAGGAUCUUCUCCUGGAAAUGAGAGUAGCAAACUAGAAGGCUUGCAGCAGGUUGAAGAUGCCACAAAGAGGAAGAAUGGGUGGCAGAAGGUGAUGGCGUUGGAAGAAAGAUGCUGCGAAUUAGGCGUUCAUGGAUGAGUACAUUAAGAAUUAGGUGAUUCAAAGCUAAAAAUCACCCUGAUGUAGAUGAAUAUAUUGUAAGAUUCAGUGAAUGCGUACAUUGUGGUUUAGUCCAUCGGUUUUGCAUUGUUAACCAUCUCUUCGGCUCUUGCCUCCCACAAUCGACAGGAGUUUCGAGUAUCAACUUGCAAAUUCUUACACGUUCAUCCCAGCUAAUAAUAGUUACAGCAAAAGCCCUUUGGAACUGGUGAAAGUAGUUGUAACAAAAUAUGAUGAUGUGGCAUUGAACUAUGAAAUAGAAGCAGUGGCAUUUCCGCAUAAGGUUUGGCAGAAUUAUGCCAAGCUAUCUAGAAAGGUGCUUAAAGAAGGUUGCAAUGUCUGGAAGAAGCCUAUCCAGCAUUUUUUGUGAACAAUUUUGAAAGCACAAAUAAAGGUGGUUAAGUUAUAUCCUUUUGAAAUCUGGUAAUCAGAUUUUGAAUAAAUGGGUCAUAUUUAUCGGAUGAUGCACUCUAGGUACACAGUUUUGAAUAAACAGAUUGCUUUUAUCCCAUGUAUACAUAAUUUGCCAGUAUGAUGCCUAAUAAAUCUGUGCUACCAACACUUCGUAUAUCUCUCUCUAUCUAGGAGGUCUGGCAAUCAAAUAUUGGUUGGUAAUCAGAAGAUUUCCUGCCAGUCCAUCGACAGUUGGCUGAUUUCAGGACGAUUGCCCCCUAUAAUCGGCUGCUCCAGCUUGAUUUUGGGGUUAUAGGAGAUAUCAAAAGUAUUGGGCAUUGAGGAUUGUGCACGUGACUUCAAAAAAUUGAACAGAAUCGGAAUCUCCAUGCUUGGAAUUGAUGAGUGUUGAAGAGGCCGUUAAUAAAGUGCUAAUGUAACAUACGUAAUUUUUUCUUUUUAUCGUUUUUGCAGAACUUAUGAGAUUUCUUUUGGUCUUGCCAAUGUACAAUAAUGUGCCAUCGAUGCUAUUAAAAAGUUUUGUCAUGAUGCUCCUCGAAAAUAGAAAAAAAGUAAUAAAAUAAAAUAUAGUUCACUUUCUCCCUGAAGCAGAUUAAUUGCUGGAUUUUUCAAAAAAUCCGGACUUUAUUCAAUGAAUAUAUCUUUAACGUUGUAAAAGAUGAAUUAUAGGGAAUGCUGAAGUAUGGAUAAUCGUAUGGAUUUCUCAAGUGGUUAUGACUUCUAAAAUUUUCACAUGUAGUGAACUUUGAUGGAUCAGAGUUAGAAAUUUUCUUCACCAAUUGCGCUUUAAUUAUUUAAGUUUAAUCGCAGCACUUUUAUUUUUCUCCUCAAACAAUUCCUUCUCAAGGUCAUUUUCUCUGUUGAUAAGCUUGAAGAUGAAAGAGUUAACUAUUGUAUUAACUGGUGACAUCCAAUUAUAGCCUGUAGACCUUGAUUCUAUAUUUCUCGGAUAUUUAUCAUGUAAGUUGUCUUUGCUUUCUGUUUAUCCAGUUGAACUGUUUUGAUACUCGUAUAUUAAAUUUAUCUGAAAAUGCAGCUUAUCGGCUCAUUUUGACACUCUAGGCCUUUCAUUCUUCUUUUUCCAUUUGUCAUCUCUGGUAGUCACUGCUAUCUAGAAGUCGCCUUUCUGUCUUCAGUUUUGAGGAUUUUUUAAAGGAUCCUAUAAGGUUUUGUAGUAUGUUAGUGUAAUGUUAAUGAUGAAGCAUUUAUUUAUGCACAAGGAAAAUGUUAGAGUUACUGUUCGACUUUGAUAUGCAACCUUUUAAAUUUGUAGUUGUACAUUUUUUAGUUCAAACAAUGACAUACUUUUUUGGUCAAAACUUUUAACCACUGGUCCUUUUUUUACUUAUCUACAUCCUAUUAAAUCUUUAUUGUUGUUGAAACAUAAGAUUAAAGCUGCGGAGGGUUCUGUCCAAUUUUACCCCUUUUAUGAUCUCACGCAGAUGUAGUUUAUUUUGACCAAAAUAGAGCAGGAAUAGGAAACAGGCUGAAGGAAAAAAAUUGGUUAUAUCUCAGGAAUAGAAAAUUCUUUGAUGAAAAUUUGGCUGUAUCAUCUUUAAUGUUUGUUGCCUGUUAACAGAGUAAAUGCUGUACUCUGUACUAGGCAAUGGCUUGUUUGACCAAAAAUAAAAUUUCAAGAACAGAGAACGGAAACCCUACCGUUCGUCAUAAACGUAGGUAGCAAAUGAGAUUUAUGGAUGUCUUUUGUCAAAUGAAACGACAGGUAUUCCCUUCCUUAAUCAGGAGGAAUGAUUUUCUUUACAAGGUUUCUGUUCAGAAUGUUUAAAUGAACGCGAUAGUGAAUGGAAAACUAAUAUUGAACUCCAGUGAAGAGAGGGGUAGAGGGAAACGUGUGUCAUCUGGUCAAUCAAAAGAUAUGGUUGAUGGAAAAUAAUGACCAGUGACAUUGCUAAUUGCCUUGUGUGUUUGAGUCACGUGGGCAUUUGGUGCCAUGGUACAGCCCAUGUCUCUGCACCAGCAAUAUCUCAGUGCUAAAUGACAACCACGGUACAUAAACGGUAAUUACUGCAUGGCCCUGGCACAAAGGAUGUGCCUUGACUUGGAAGGCCACGGCCUGUUGUGGAAACAGCAUAAAGCAACUUGCAUUCUGUUGGUGACAACAUAACUUAGAAAUCAGUCUUCAAAAUCGGAAAUAACGUACAUUAUUGACACGGUCCUUCAAUGCCCAUGUUUUGCCCUGGAUAUGGAAAAUUGCACGCAUUGUGCACGUGAUCUCUUUGUGCGCAUGCUUGGUUAGUUUACAUGUUCCGAAGUUGAAUGAGAUGAUUCGUUCCAGUUACAUUAUCAAGUUUGUUUGAGUCCUCUCUGCAUUAAAUGUAUGAUCAUUGAACCUUUCUAAAUGUCGUACACCGCAACAAGAGAGUAGUGUCUUAUGAUUGUCACUAAAUGGUGGUUGCAGGUCAUUGGAAUUAAUGGACAAUUUCCUGGGCCAAUCCUUAAUGUGACAACAAACUGGAAUGUUGUUGUGAAUGUUCACAACAAUUUAGAUGAGCCAUUUCUUGUCACAUGGUAUGAAUGAUGGGAAUAUGCUAUUUUGUCAAUGUGUUACUAGAUGGAUUUACAGAUCCUAAAUGAUUCACUGAAAAUAAUGCAGGAAUGGUUUACAGCAUAGGAAAAAUUCUUGGCAGGAUGGCGUUUUGGGAACAAAUUGUCCCAUCCCUUCUGGUUGGAAUUGGACCUAUGCGUUUCAGGUCAAGGAUCAGAUAGGGAGUUUCUUCUAUUUCCCUUCAAUUAAUUUUCAGAGGGCUGCAGGUGGUUAUGGAGGUAUCAUUGUAAAUAACAGAGAUGUCAUUCCAUUGCCAUUUGGAACUCCAGAUGGUGACAUUACACUAGUCAUUAGUGAUUGGUAUACGAAGAGUUACAAGGUCAGAUUGAUUUCUUGAAUGAAAUCUGAGAUUCAUGUUGUUUUCGAGAACAUUAACUUCCAUGGUAACAGGUCCUCAGAAAAGAACUUGAAGAAGGGAAAGAACCUGGAGUACCUGAUGGUGUGCUGUUCAAUGGUCUGGGUCCCUAUCGCUAUAAUGAGUCGAUUGUUCCUGAUGGCAUUGUUUAUGAGACAAUAAAUGUUGAGCCAGGUAACGUUUAUUGAUUUAUUGGACUAGUGGCAUUUUUUUAGAAUGUCUUCAGCGUGAUAUUUUCUAGUUGGUGCAUCUAUAGUAUUUUAUUUUGUCCUUGUCUUUUGAUUGCACAACGUUUACUAAGAUACUUUGAUGUUUAAAUGCUUACCGUGCUUGUUCACUCUGGUUUGACGGUGUGAAUUGUAUGUUCGAAGCAGGUAAAACUUAUCGUCUUAGGGUCCACAAUGUGGGAGUAUCUACUAGCCUAAAUUUUCGAAUCCAAAAUCACAAUCUGCUUCUUGUAGAGACCGAAGGGUCUUAUACUGUUCAGCAGAGCUAUACAGACAUGGAUAUACAUGUGGGCCAGUCGUACUCAUUCUUAGUGACAAUGGAUCAGAAUGCUAGCAGUGAUUACUAUAUUGUGGCAAGCUCUCGAUUCAUUACUUCAACUUCAGGAAACAGAGUGGCAGGCGUUGCCAUUUUGCAUUAUUUGAAUUCGCAGGGUCCAGCAUCAGGCCCACUUCCUGAUGUUCCAAAUGAGGGUGACAUGUACCGAUCAAUGAACCAGGCGAGAUCAAUCAGGUGCUUUUUCUGAUCCUUAGAUUUAGAUGAUGCCAUAUAUGCUAACCGCUCUUCACUUUUUCCUCGUAGACAGAUUGUAAAUUAUUAAUUAAUUUGUGAUUCGUUAUUCUCCUUUCAUGUUGGUCAUUAGGUGGAACGUUUCUGCUGGUGCCGCUCGACCAAAUCCCCAGGGAUCUUUCCGAUAUGGUGAAAUAACUGUCACACAUGUAUAUGUACUUCUUAACAGACCCGCAGAGCUUAUAAAUGGAAGGUGGCGUACGACUUUGAAUGGUAUUUCCUACGUUGCGCCAGCAACACCACUGAAGCUCGCCCAGCAAUUUAAUAUACCAGGAGUUUACAAGCUUGACUUUCCAAACAGAAUGAUGAACAGACUAGCAAAAGUUGACACAUCUUUAAUUAACGGUACUUAUAAAGGUUUUGUAGAAAUCAUAUUCCAGAACAAUGACACCGUUGUUCAAACCUACCACAUGGAUGGGUAUGCAUUCUUCGUAGUAGGGUAAGCUCAGAUAAAUGACGAUCUCAUUUUAUGAUUUGGCGGUCCAUGGCUGAGGAGACUAAAGCUUCUUCUUUUUUUUAUUUUAGGAUGGAUUACGGAGUGUGGACGGAAAACAGCAGAAGUGUUUAUAACAAAUGGGAUGGAGUUGCUCGCUCCACAGCACAGGUAUGCUGAACAAGGCCAAGGAUCCGGGUAGAUGCAAUUUUCUUUUUUCUUCCAGAUAACGCAUAGUGAUUUUCAUACCUGAGUGAAAUCUUGGAUUUCUUCUAUGGAUGGGAGGUAAUUCAACUGAACCAUGAAGUUUGGAAAUAAAUCCUUGCUUACCAAAUCAUCAUUAUCACAGGAUACCUGUGAUGCACAGUUUUUAAUUUAUUUUUAGCAGAAUAGGAUACUGAGAUGGUCAUAGAAUAUAACAGUAUAGCUUGAUUUGAUUAGAGGUAAGUUCAUUCUGAUUAUCACAAAUCGCUGACGAAAUUAAUGGGUUUUAACUUUGAAAUUAAAUACAAGGAAGGCAAAGAAAAAAGGCCCCAGAUGCUCUCUCAAAAUCUCCUCUCCUCGUCGACUUAGGGCUUAAUUAAAUAUCUACUUCUCAUUUCCUUGACAUCGCCAGUAUCAAUCAGGAAGUGGAGAGGGACGCCCACUUCAAUGCCAUCAAGCAUGCCCUACUCAAGAACUCAAGACCAUUGAGCACCGUCCUUUACAUUUCUGUCAACCGAUAUUUUUCUGCAUACGUUUCCACUUUGUUUUUAUUUAAAAGUGAUGAGAACUUUUUUGGAAACUUGGUCCCAUAAAAAAGGAGAAGAAAACGCUGUAAUUAAUUAACCUGGUUGACACCAGCCCAUCACUAAUCAUCGAUACAAACUGUUUCAAACUAGUUACAUCACCAUAUGUGGCCCUGUUUUCAAUUGCGAUGUGCUUCUAGAUUACCCAUUUCAAAUAACUAGAGUCACUCAAUUCCAUGCAUCUGAUGCUCCUUGUUUUUACAUGGACGUUGGUAACAUAAGGUGAGUAUAUACCAACGUAGAUAAUUGCCUAGCUGUGCCUAGCUAUAAAUAGAUAAAAAAGGAAGCAAAUCCCAACGGUGAUGUGUUGUGUGAAGAAUUUCUCGUCCAUUCAUCAGUUGAAGAGGCUUGAAAGAAUUCCUUUUUAAGCUAGACUCCCUGAAAGCUACUUAAAGGCUUAUACUCAUUUUCACGACUUUCUUGCUGGUUCCGAUGUUGAAAUUGAUUAAACUGGAUCAGACCCAGUUAAUUUCUCUCUCUGAUCAAGCUGAUUCUGGCUUGAACAGGAAGCCUAGCGAUAUAGUUUCUACUAGAUGCACAUAUCAUAGCUUGCCGGGAGCAUUAAAUCCCUGAACUAAUCCCCGAAUUCAGAGCAAGAACUCUGGUCAACUUUCAAACCUCUUCAACUGAUGAAUGGACGAGAAAUUCUUUGCAUAUCACCCUUUGGCUUUGCUUCCUUUUCAUCACGUGGCAACUCUAAUUAAAUUCAGAAUUUCCCCAUUUUUCUACAAAUGGUGUUUAUACCCGGAACUUGCUAUUCGUUAUUUAUUUUGAGUCUCCUGGCACAUUGAUUCCUAGGUUUAUCCUGGAGCCUGGACUGCUAUUCUCGUCUACCUUGACAAUGCUGGCAUCUGGAACCUGAGAACAGAAAAUCUGAACUCAUGGUAUCUGGGCCAAGAACUGUAUGUGAGCGUUGUGAAUCCUGAGGUGACCAACAACACAGAGGUUUCCAUUCCUGAGAACGUCAUCUAUUGCGGCGAGCUCUCGAGCUUACAACGGUCAGAUACAAGACUUUGCUUCCUUUUUUUCUCCAUCUAUACCUUAUUUUAG